AUGAUUUUAAAGGACUGGGUGCAGCAAAUGGAAGCGGGUGGUUUUGUGCGCAGGCGGCGGAUGACAGCGGACACAUCAGGCAGCGAUGCCGCGGUGGCCGGAGCUUCCGCGGGAGAGGAGAUACACUGGCUCGGCGGCAGGUUUUGGGGUGUUUCCGAGAGUCUCGUUGGCACUUUGACACCUCGGAUUGCAGGAGAAACGGAGGUUACUGUUGGACAUUUCUAUGGUUCCCAGGAGGCCAAUGAUUUGUCGGAACCGGACUAUGAGGGUUUGCCCCAGGGCGCCUCCACCAGCACGCACAUGUUAGCAGGAGCAGUGGCAGGAAUCAUGGAGCAUUGCCUGAUGUUCCCUAUUGAUUGUGUGAAGACGCGCAUGCAGAGUCUUCAGCCAGAGCCAGCUGCACGUUACCGCAACGUGAUGGAUGCUUUGUGGCGAAUCAUGAGGACGGAGGGAAUCUGGAGGCCAAUCAGGGGUCUGAAUGUUACAGCUGUAGGGGCGGGGCCAGCCCAUGCACUUUACUUCGCCUGUUACGAAAGGUUGAAAAAGGUCCUCAGUGAUAUCAUCCAUCCAGGAGCGAACAGUCAUUUGGCAAAUGGGGCCGCUGGAUGUGUUGCCACAUUGCUUCAUGAUGCUGCAAUGAAUCCAGCUGAAGUGGUGAAGCAGAGGAUGCAGAUGUAUAACUCGCCAUACCGUGGCGUUCUGGACUGUAUACGCUGCGUGUGGCGGCAGGAGGGGGCGUUGGCGUUUUAUCGCAGCUACACCACACAGCUCACCAUGAACAUCCCAUUCCAGGCAUUGCACUUCAUGACCUACGAGUACCUGGAAGAGCUGUUGAACCCUCAAAGACAUUACAACCCCUCCUCCCACAUGGUGUCGGGCGCGCUGGCAGGUGCCAUCGCCGCCACCGCCACCACGCCACUGGACGUUUGCAAGACGCUGCUGAACACACAAGAGUCUCUGGCACUCAAUUCCAUCAGCCGGAGCGGAAGACACAUCACAGGCCUCGGUCAUGCCUUCCGGACGGUCUACAGGUUUGGCGGCCUUCCCGCUUACUUCAAAGGCGUUCAGGCCAGGGUCAUAUACCAAAUGCCCUCGACUGCCAUCAGUUGGUCUGUCUAUGAGUUCUUCAAGUAUGUUAUCACCAAACACCAGCACGAGAAGCGCAGGAUCCAGAGGGACGGAGAGAAGUAAGCUCUCACAGCUGGCCUGACCUUGGCUGUCUCUCGCAUAACCGACCAGAUAAACACUCGAGCUGCAAAGGGACUAAUUUAAUAAAUGAUACGCACAUAUAGAGUCCAAACACUCAUGUCUGUUUACUUCCUUUCAUUUGGCAUUUAAUACUUAAACUUUCCUGUGUAAUUCAACUAAUAAUCAUGACCUAAGAUCUCUCUGUGAAGGCUCAACUUUUUAUUCAAGACAUCCUACUUAACACCAGUGUUUGCCAAGUUUGUGGUUUUCCUGCGAGUUUAAGCUAUCCCAAGUGAAAUUUGAGUCCCUAAAAUGCAAAUUUUACAAGGGGAAUCCCAACAAAAGUGUGUAUUUUACCCCACCAAAAUGUGACUUUUACAUGGGGAUCCCCCUCAAAACAUGAUUACACUGGUUUUGAGCAAUUGGGCAGGUUUCCUUCAACCCUGCUUAACACUUAACCCAAAAUUAUACCUCCCACAAGAGGGCAUCAGAAGCCUGUUUAGGCGGUAUAUGCUAAUGAAUGGGUGGUCUUUAAGUUUGUGGGAGGGAUUUAGAGCUUUUAAACUUCAACAAAUCCUUCUUUCUUCUAAACUGUACUUGGAACAGCAAACCUGACUCUUACUUUUUUGAUCAUUUUCCAGCCAAAGCCACUACGCACAAUUAAAGACACAUCUGUACAUCCAAUUUGGGAUUUUGAACAUUAUUAAAAUCAUGUGUUACAGCAGAA